AUGUCUGCACCUACUGGAAGCGCGGGCUGGGCCCAGCUUCGGCAACAAGCUCGACAGUUGGAAACACAGACAGAAAGUCUGUUCCACACAUACUCGCAGUUCUCAACAGCUCCCAACAUCCCUCCAAAGCCUACAGAUGAAGAGCGCGAAACGGAAAAGAAGCUGGAAGAAUUACUGGAGAAGCGCGACACUGUUAUAGGCCAACUCGCUCGACUUCUCGAUUCCGAAGCUGCCCUCACCUCAUCCGCCUUGAAACAGAACAACCUUUCCCUCCUCCGAGAGAAGCUUUCCGGCCAUAAGCGGGACCUAACCCGCCUGCGCUCAACUCUACAACAAGCCCGCGAUCGCGCGAACCUUUUGACCAAUGUCCGCUCCGAUAUCGACAAGUACCGCAAAGACAACCCCGAAGCUGCCGAGGCUGACUACAUGCUGGAGGAGCGCAAUCGCAUCGACAACAGUAACAAUAUGGCGGACAGCGUCCUGAGCCAGGCAUAUGCUGUUAACGACAACUUCAACCUGCAGCGGGAGACUUUGGCAAGCAUCAACCGGAGGAUUACACACGCGGCGAGCCAAGUACCGGGCAUCAAUACGCUGAUUGGAAGGAUAUCAGCAAAGAAGAGGAGGGACGGAAUUAUCAUGGGAGGCUUUGUUGCGUUUUGCUUUAUCGUUUUCUUUCUAUUCUCGUAA